AUGAUAGCUCGAAGGACCUUGACGUCGUCCGCGUCCUCCAUUCGACCCUCCAACCGUAAGCGUCUGGACGACCAAAUUGCUCCGGUAGAUCCUUCCAACAACAACGCUCAUGCUGCUACGCGCAUCACGCUGCCUUCUCGCGCCAGCAAGUACCGAAAUUUGUCCGCCGGAGUGAACAAAAAGUCGCGAGCGCGUGCUCCUGCAGUUCCAGGUAAGGACCUGACGGACCGUCCGCCCUCCCGUCAGCGUCACGCCUUCCCAACGCACCUCAUAGACGCCAACGCAUUCGACGCUCCAGAGACGACUGGAAGACGCGGAGGCAGCUCGAGCUCUAGCACCAGCAGCUCUCGAAGUAGGAGCGAUACGUCUUCUCCCCCUGACGGCGUCACUGGCGACCGCCCACCGUCGAGAUACAUGGUCAAGGUUAAGCGCAACAGUAAACAGGGAUUGACUCAAGACCCAAGCGCUCCGUCAAGACGCGGUGUAGUCGACAAGACCUCGGGGUUCUCGUGUAACCAGGCGCACCAUGACCCAAAGACCGACGGGUUCGCAGACGUGGACGAGAGCGUGCCCCCUCCAUUCAGGAUCGAAGUCACGACGGAUGCCAGUGAAACAACGCUGGAUUCGCCAGCUGAGUCUCGCUCCACCCCUCCUUCAGGGUUGAAUCCGACCAAAAAUGCUCGACGCUGGCCAUUCAGCAACCAGGAGCAGCUCUUGCGUAUGGCUGUGAGGGGCUCGGACGGGAGUCGGGGCAGUGAUCAGGCCAUGUCGGCGGACCUUGAUGCUGGACAGAGCCCUCUCCAGUGGUUUGGCAAAGACGACCAGAUCAACAACGCGCACUUGUUCGAGACGAUCAUCUCGCUACCAAGUCCCCGACCUGCACUGGAAUCCGACGUGGACGUAGCGAUUGAGGACGAUCUGGAGGACAGCGAUGGACCGCAAUACCACAGCCGCAGAGUCAUCAGCAAGCAGCAACAGCCUCAACACGAGCCACACCAGCCCAUUGAGAACCACUUUCCUUCCCGCCGAGCUGCUGCAGCAUCAAAGCUCACUGCUCCGACUACCACAAUCGCUGUGGGGGAUAAGCCCGAGCAGUGGAUCCGUUCGAGCACCAACCCCUUCUUCGUGGGCUCUUCAUCGACCGUCGACUACGACUCAAUGGACCCGGAUACUGCGAUCGAGCAGACGCCGCUCUACUCGUCCGAGGAUCUCAUGACUCUAGCUGCGACCGAGAUGACGGACCUCCACUUGGACGACUACACGGCGUUAGGAGAUGCGUCCAUGCCAGCUCCGCCCCCUUCGACCUCGGGUAUGGGGUGGGGCGGCUCGAGACUUCUACCGGCGUCUCGCUCUCCGCCACUGAGGACUUCUCUAGGCAAGGACUUCCUCAGCCUCUUCGCUCAACACUAA